AUGUUGGACGUACAUACUUCUUCACAGGUUCGUCGAGUCGGUGUUCAAAAUUUAGAAACUGAGGCUAUCAAUGCAGCUAAAGAGGCACAAAAUCUUACAACUAUACCUGACGAUCCUUCAUCUCAACAUAUGCAUCAUCAUCGUGAUUCCAUAGAUGGCAUUAAUCCAGUUGUGAAAAUGCUUUCCCAGGCAGGAAUAAAGUACAGACGACGUAAUAGUCAUCAUGAAUCACCGAAUAGUCCAUCUAGACAAACUCUAGCAUCAGUUCCUCAUAAAUACAGUACAGUUGCAUCACGUGGUAAUAAAAUUCGUCAACCUGCCGCAAGUGGGGCAGCACAACGAAUCCCACAGAUGAUAAACAACUAA